AUGGCCGGAAGAAACGCUGGGAGGAAUGAUGAGGCUCUUGCUGCAGCUAUGCAGGCAAUGGCUCAGGCGUUCACGAACCCACCCAAUGCUGACGAGAACGUGGGAUCUCAUAGUCUGGCGACGUUUCAGAGGGAGAACCCGCCUACUUUUCUGGGUAGGUAUGAUCCUGAAGGAGCCUUGGCUUGGUUGAAGGAGAUUGAAAGAAUCUUCAGAGUGAUGGAUUGCACUCUUGUGCAAAAGAUCCGUUAUGGAACUCAUAAGCUGUCAGGUGAAGCCGAUGAUUGGUGGGUGGACACUCGUCUAAGGUUGGAAACUGCGGGCGAGGAGAUUACUUGGGAAGUGUUUCGUAGAGAAUUUUUGAGGAAGUAUUAUCCAGAAGAUUUCUAUGCUCACUAUGAUGGAGCCAAUGCCGAAUUCUCUAAGUGCAUCAAGUUUGAAAAUGGAUUGUGUCCGGAAAUUAAGAAAGUUGUGGGAUAUCAAAAGAUUCGCGUCUUUGCGGAUAUGAUUGAUAGUUAUAGAAUCUUUGAAGAGGACAACAAUGCACACUAUAAGAUCUUGUCUGAGAAGAGAGGAAAGGGCCAACACAGCCGUGGUAAGCCAUAUGAAACUCCGGUUGGAAAAGGGAAAUAG